CUUGGGAGACCAGAAUUCUUAAAACGCGAACUAUUCUAUUAUCGAUCAAUUUACAACGUCUUUUUACCUAGGUAGGUACCUCUUUACGCGUUAGAUCCCGCCUACGCACUUUGGCAAGGAUCGCGUUGCUUUCAGACCCGCGUUUGUAUUCAUUAAACUCUCCUUGAAAUAGUCUACCUAACCAAUUGCUUUUUUUAAACUUAACCACAUUCUCUUACGAAAACACAUAAUCUGCAUAUCAUCCCCUCAAAAUUCGAAACCAUAUAUUGUCAUAACGGAGAAAUGUUAGCCACGAUGCCGUUAUUCAAUGUUGAUUUCUCAUCGCCGCAUCGGCCAACACGUCCAUCGCCACUGGCGUCUUCUCCCAUUAGACCGAGCUCCCCAUCAUUAUCUCCUCGCGAUCCCAACACCCUUCCCAGAUUUGAGACUCAAUCUUCACCCAUACAAGCACCACCAUCUAAAUUCAGAUUUGCCUCGCGUAAUGCAAAACCAAAUCCUCUAAGACUGAACCGAGAAAAUGCCCAAGAGAGCCGGCGAAAUCUGUUCUUGAAGAAUGUACGGAAGCGAGCAGACGAUAAGAAGUGGGAAAGGAGAGGAGGUGAUCAGGAGGCUUUGAAACUCGAGUGGUCCAUGUUAGACAAGAAGCGGCGAGAGCAAAAAAACGCUGACCUCGACGGUAUGGUGUUUGAAGAUGAGAUCGAAGAUUUUGCGGGGCUCCAAUGCGAAGCAACAGAGAACCCCGACGAUAUGAUGGUCGACGUCAUAGCGCAAGAAGAGGAACAGGAGCUGGAUGCAAUGCUAUCCAUGUUCGAGGCCCAAACCCAAUCAUCUCAGUCACUCGCAGGAGCAGCAUCAACCACAAUUUCCGACGACGAAGAUUAUGACCACCUCUUCAUGGACUUCUUGUCGCAGCAAGAGCAAAAUAGCCAAAAUUUCAUGUCUUCGGGACAGAUGGACAUGUCAUGAAGUUCAAAGAGUCUUCAAUGGGGUUGUUAGUCAACACGGACGGGAGUUUUUCGGCAAGGAUCAAUUUAGCGUUGUGUGAAAAUUAGGAUUAUGGAGUCUACGGGCUGGGUAUGGUAGGAUAUGAGAUGACAUGGUGUGUGUACAUGCCAAUUUUGGUCUCUGACCUCAAGGAGAUCAUGUAUAAAAAAGCUGGGAGAUGCAUUCCUUGUAUAUUAUUACUGAGGCGCACACGACUCAUCGGGCGCGUCCAAUACUUCUUUGGCUGAUGGCAUAUCUCCAACUAGGUCAUGAGGAGGGGAGCCUGCUGCUUGCAUCUAUGGCUCUUUCGUUAGCGAAUGACAUAAUGAGACAAUCAUAUCACUCACCUUUUGCAUCCUAUCCACGAUGU